UUAAAAUUCGGUUUAAUCGAGUUCGGGGUGAUUUUCAGGGGUAAAUCGGUAUCUGGGGGUUCCUCGGGGUGGUAGAAAUCGUUUGGGGGGUAUGGAGGGACGACCUGAGGACCCGGAGGUCGACCAGGCAGCGCAGAAACUCACCGACGAGAUACAAUCCAUGAGCAAUUAUAAAAAUCUUUACAACGAAAUUCAGAGACUCGUCGCCUCGAAUGUCGUCCGAAGAGAUAACUUCAAGGGAACCCUCACCGAGGCGCUCAAGGACAACGGUCUCGAGACGGAAAUCAGGAACACUGUGUUCCACUGGGCUCGAUCUCAAGGUCAGCUGCGGCCCAAGCCGGAGGUCAGGGCCCCUGAGGCCGAUCUCAAUUACCUCAGGAAGGCCCAGAUCCAGUGGGAGAGGAGGAUCCAGAAGUCUCUCAAUUCUAUGUGCAAUGAGCUCAAUGUUCCUCUCGCCAGGAUUCGGCCUAAUGCUGAUAAAGAGGAACUUGCGGAGAAAUGGAAUGAGUUGAGUACUUACGACAUCGAUUUAUCGCAGUACCGGCCCCUGUACGCACCCAAGGAUUUUCUUGAGGUUCUCUUCUCCGUUCGAGAUCCGGCUUUCAAAAAAAUCAUCAAUGAUCCCAAUUGGGAGUUCAGUCAUAUUCAAAUACGUGUGAAGCAGCUUGCGCAAUUGAGAGAAACUUAUGCUGAAUUAUCACAAGGAAUCGCACUCCUCGGUGUGAAUAACGAUAUGCCAGCAGCGGGGAAUUUUCAAAAUCUCGAGGCAGAGAGGACUGUUCUAGGGGAGAGAGUCCUGUCCUUGAAUCAUGCCCCCAUAGCUCAGGAAUUCUUGAAACGUGGAGCCCCGAGAGCAUUGAGGGGUCAACUCUGGUCUCUAGUUCUCGGAUCCAUCGUCAAAGAUACCGAUAUCGAAUACUACGAGGAGCUGAAGUCCAUGGUCCUGCAGUACGACAUAAUGGUGGAUAAAUUGAUAAUUAAAGAUGUCCAGCUGACAGCCAGCAAUGACGACCAGUACUUCGUCUUCGAGGAUGUGCUUUACAAGACGAUGCUCUGCUUCUCGAGGGAUUCUGAAGUCUUGGCACCUGUCACCACUGACAGGAGUGCAGGGGGACAAGUAAUUCAUGCGGUACUCCAGGGAAAACCUGCAGCACUGGAGAACACUCUGGUGUUUCCACCGAGUGGAGUCAUUCCUUUUCAUGGAUUCACAAUGUAUGCUACACCUUUUUGUUAUCUUUACGACGAUCCCUGCACGAUGUACUAUACCUUUCGAGCUUUUUAUCUUCGAUAUUGGUUUCGACUUCAUACAGUAUCGAGUCAUGAACAGGGAGUUGUUGCGUUGUGUCUCCUCUUCGAGAGGUUGCUGCAGUGUCAUGAGCCCCAGCUCUGGGCGCAUUUUCGUAACAUGCAGAUACAACCGGUUAAAGUUGUUUUCAAGUGGUUGAUGAGAGGAUUUAGCGGGCAUCUCCCACCGGAGCAAUUGCUCUACCUCUGGGAUCUCGUUUUGGGGUAUGACUCGCUGGAGAUCAUCUCGUUGUUGGCUGUCACUAUUCUCAGCUUCAGGAAGGAAAAUCUUUUGCAAGUUAAUAAUCUGCAUAAUGUGGAGGCGGUACUUGCUGAUUUAUCGUCGCUGAAGGUCAUGCCUCUGCUUCAACUCGUGUUGAUCAAGGAAUAAAUUCGCAAUGUUUUAGAAAUGGUUUUAAAUUUUAUGAAUAAAAA